AUGGACGCUACAACUCUCGAAAUUAUACUCAAGAGGCUUCAGGACUCCAAUCAAGAAUUCCUCAAGAGCGUCUUGGAGCAAAAACCUGUAAAACAAUCAUUCAUUUCUUCUUUCAAAUCCUUCGACAAAUCUAAAGAAACGUGGGCCACGUAUCUUCUUCAGCUGGAACAACACUUUAUUGCAAACAACGUAAUUGAAGACGACACAAAGCGAGCUUGUUUGCUUAGCUGGAUUGGCGGCAACUCUCUGGACUUACUUCAAAAAUUUUAUGGGGAAAAGGUUGCGCAAGUAUCUUUCGGUCAAUUAAUUGAAAAACUCACUAAUCAUUUUGAAAAAAAGCCUCACAUGCUUGCAUCUAGAUUCAAAUUCUAUAGGACGUUCAUGCAACCUAACCAAACUUAUUCGGAUUGGGUUGCAGAAUUGCGUGGAACAGCCAAAGAAUGCAUGUUUGUCUGUGAAAAAGCAGGAUGUGGAGAAUCAUACGUAGACUCGAAGAUUAGGGAUAUGAUUAUCCUAUAUACUCCACAUGAUAAGGUUCGGUCAACUGCUCUACAAAAAGAAAACCCAACACUGGAAGAGGUUAUUCAAAUUGCACAACUCUACGAGGAAACUAUGAAAACAUGCAGUGAGCUUAAGGGUGAGCAGAAAAGUGAAGCAGAGGUGAAUGCUGUGCACCGAUCAACACAUCAACGAUCAAGAGGUAAGCGGGUAGGUAACUAUUGUACUGGGAGUAAGAAUGUAGUUAGACAAAGUAAUAAGUCGUGCCCAGGAUGCGACAUCUCUCAUCAACGAUCUGAGUGCUUCCAUUAUAAAAAAAAAUCGAUCUGUAAGAAAUGUAAAAGAGUCGGGCACAUUGCAGCCGUAUGCAUGUCAUCAAAAGUCCCAAAUUCAACUCAUCAUAAUCGAUCAUCCCAGUCAAACAAUCGGAAACCAGAGGUCUCAAAGUGGCAGAGCAAAAAUCAUGAAACUAUAAAUCAGAUAAAACCCUUUGAAACCGUAAGUACUGUUGAUCUAUUUGAUUCACUUGUGUCACAAAUCGAAGUCAAUCAUAGUAGCCCUAUACAUUCAGAUAAGCUAUUCGUAGAUGUAAGCGUCAAUGAGAAAAUUCUUAAGUUCCAAAUAGAUACAGGUGCGUCGUGUUCACUUAUUGGUCUUGAAGGUUUGAAGCAACUGAACAAUCCCUUGUGUUUACCCACAACAAAGAUUUUAAAAACAUACGGUGGUAACAUCUUACCAUUGAAAGGCACGAUAUUAGUCGACGUAGCCUUAGCGUCAUAUCAUAAAAGUUUGAGUUUAACAGUCGUUGACAGUCCCAGUGCAACCAACAUCCUAGGCAUGGAUUGGUUUCAAAAACUGGAAUUCGGCAUACAAAUGCCAAAGAACAUGAACGAGUGCAGUUCUUCAACCCCUCAAUGUUUCAAAGUAGACCAAAAAUCUCUUAAGGCAGAUCUCGAAGCUCUUAAAAUUAAAUUUCAGUCCACAUUCUCAUCCGAACUAGGACUCUGUUCCACGUAUAAGGCUAACAUAGUAUUAAAACCAAAUGCUCAACCAAAGUUUUACAAACCCUACAAUCUACCAUUCGCACUUUAUGAAGACGUCCGCACUGAAAUUAACCGAUUUGUAUCCCAGAAUAUCCUCAAGCCAGUGAACUCGAGUGAAUGGGCCGCACCAAUUGUGGUAGUAAAAAAACAGAAUGGCAAGAUAAGAAUUUGUGCUGAUUUUAAAGUCACUGUAAAUCCACAAAUUGAAGUUGAUCGAUAUCCGAUACCACGAAUCGAGGAGUUGUUUCACAAACUAAGCGGUGGCCAGUUAUUCACUAAAAUUGAUCUGAGUGACGCUUAUCUUCAGAUAGAACUCACAGAGUCUUCAAAAAAGCUGAUGGUUAUAAACACUCCUUUUGGCCUUUUCCAAUUUGAACGAUUGCCAUUCGGAAUUGCGAGUGCACCUGGCAUCUUUCAAAGAAUCAUGGAAGGUGUAGUAGCUGGUAUACCUGGAUGCGCAGUAUACCUCGAUGAUGUCAUUGUCACUGGUAAGAAUAAUGAAGAACACCGAAAUAAUGUCGAAACACUCUUAAACAGGCUCGCCGCACAUAACCUCAAAUGUAGACAAGAAAAGUGUCACCUUGCGCAAGACAAAUUAGAGUAUGUAGGCCACGAAAUCGAUGCAAAAGGUAUUAGACCAACUGAAAAAAGAAUAGAAGCAAUAAAGUUAAUGCCAGAACCAAAAAACAUAACGGAAUUAGAAUCAUUUAUUGGCAAAAUAAAUUAUUACAACAAGUUUAUUCAAAAUUUUUCGUCAAAGGCCUCAGCCUUGAAUCAACUUAGACGACACGACAAGAAAUUCGUGUGGGGAACAGAACAAAGUACAGCUUUUAAUUUAUUGAAGAACGAUAUCAUCAAUGCGGUUCAAUUAAUUCACUUCGACGAAAAUGUUCCUCUCGUGUUAGCAACUGAUGCGUCAAAAACGGGAAUAGGAGCUGUUCUUUCACACCGCUAUCCAGACGGCACAGAAAAGCCAAUUUCUUUCGCAUCGAAAACCUUGAACGAGCAUCAGGCAAAAUACUCUCAAAUUGAAAGAGAAGCCUUAUCAAUUAUCUUCGGCGUUACGAGAUACCAUCAGUACCUCUAUGGCAGACAGUUCAUUUUGCUCACCGAUCAUCAAGCACUUGUCACUCUUUUCCACCCAUCAAAAAAACUACCAGUUAUGACUCUUCAUCGGCUUCAACGUUGGGCAAUUAUUCUCCAGGCCUAUAGUUAUACGAUUCACUACCGCAACACAAAGAAUCAUGCAAAUGCUGACGUCUUAUCACGCCUACCCAUGGGAGAUGACAUUGAAUUUGAUAACAGAGAGAAAAAAAUGUUUACAUUUGCUCUUUCUCUGCAGAGUGGAGUAUUGCUUCUGCAAACAGAGCAUACCCGCGUCGUCAUACCGAAAUCGCUCGAAGACCAGGUUCUCAAAAUGCUUCACGAGGGUCAUUGGGGCCAAACUCGUAUGAAACAACUAGCGCGCAGGUAUAUAUGGUUCCCGAACAUUGAUCAAGCGAUUAAAAAUUGUUCAGAAGCUUGUUCAAACUGUGGUCUACAUGCAAGUCAACCGAAGCAACAAUAUUCAUCCUGGCCUGCGGCAGCUGGACCGUGGGAAAGAAUCCACAUCGAUUUCGCAGGUCCUUUUUUCUCUCGAAUGUGGCUAAUUGUUAUAGAUUCUUUUUCCAGUUUUCCAUUUAUUUUUGAGCUGUCAUCGACAACAACAGAAUCUACAAUUUAUGCUUUACAAAAAAUUUUUGCAAUCGAGGGACUGCCAAGCACAAUCGUUAGCGACAAUGGCCCGCAGUUCUCAUCAGCCAAGUUCAAAAUGUUCUGCAAGCUAAAUUCCAUUGAACAUGUGAGAACAGCACCAUUUCACCCAGCGUCAAACGGUUUAGCUGAACGCGCUGUCCGGACAUUCAAGGAAUCUUUCAAAAAAAUAAUGCAGGAGGAGAAUGACCGAGAGAAGGCUUUAUACAAAUAUCUCAUCACAUAUCGAGCGACACCAAUCCAAUCAUCAAAAAAAUCACCAUCGGAACUCUUGCACGGCCGCCAGCCUCGCACCAUAUUUUCGGCCAUGUUUCCAGAAAAUCACCAAAGUUAG